UUCAGCCUCACACAAAUCUAAAAGGUUUAUCCAUUGAGGGUUACAUGGGAAAGGGCUUUCCGCCAUGGAUGAUGAGUGGUGGUGCUAUAUUUUUGUCCAAUAAUCUGGUAGAGUUGGAAUUACAUGGUUGGCAUAAUUGUGAACAUAUUCCUAGUUUGGGACUUUUACCUAGUCUCAAGUCACUUCAUAUUGAUGGUUUUAAAAAUGUAAAAAGAAUGGGUCACAAGUUUGAUCCCACCAAAAGUAAUAGUCCAGGAGGAGUAGAAUCAAUCAAACUGUUCCCAGCUUUGAGGGAACUCAGCUUAAACAGCCUGCUAGGCUUAGAGGAAUGGAUUGAAGUAGACGAUGAUGAUAUAGCAGCAGGAGGGAAAGUCGAGAUUGUGUUUCCUUGCCUUGAGAUUUUGAAAAUUGACUAUUGUCCUCGGUUGGAAAUUUAUUGGCAGAUGGAUGGAUUUUCAUCUCAUCAUAAGUUGUCUCAUUUGGAGAUUAGCCAAUGUUACAAACUGAUGGAUAUCCCAAGUAUGAAUGGGCUCUCAUCUCUUCAACUUUUGAGAAUUGAAAAAUGCUUUAAUCUAUGGAGCAUUUCGGGGGAGUGCCUACGCUACCUCGCUGGCUUAAAGAAGUUAAAGAUGGGUUAUUUCUGCGAUGAAUUGGAGGAAUUCCCAGGACUCAGUUACAUCCAUCAGCUAAACUCCUCCCUUGAAUCUUUAAUAUUACGUGGAUGGGAUAAAGUCAAGUCUUUGCUAGAUCAACUGCAACAUCUCACUGCCUUGAAAGAAUUGACUCUUUCAAAUUUCAACGGAGUGGAAGCUUUUCCAGAAGGGAUGGGUCCUUUCAGCUCAGAUUUGGAGGAGUUCCCAAGACUUGAUUGCAUCCUUCACUUUCAUGCUUCCCUCAAAGAUUUAACAUUGACAGGAUGGGAUAAAAUAAAGUUUCUGUCAGAUCAGCUUCAACAUCUCACUGCCCUCAAGUCAUUGACUCUAGAAAAAUUCAACAGAGUGGAAGUUUUACCAGACUGGUUGGGAAACCUCUCUUCUCUUGAAGAGCUGCACAUUAAAGAAUGUCCUAAUUUAAAGAAAAUAUGCAUAAAAUAUCUAGUUUUCUGUUUGAAUGUUAAUCAAAAGUUUGAGCUAUGAAUCAAUUCAAUUUCAGGUUUGAAGCUCCUGGUUUCUUUGUACUUGCGACUUUGCUUGUAUCUGGAGAAAGUGUUAUGAGGAGGAGAUAAGAUUGUGAUGGUUUUCUCAAACCAGACGAUUUAGGCUGUGAUUCUUCUUUUCAGUGCCUACUAUCACAAGCAUGAUUGAGUCACACUCACCAUGUAUAAAAUUCAAGACUGUUUGUGUGAACAUCUUUUAAUUUUGUAGGCUUGGCCCAAUUAGGACUUUGUUUAGCAAUAAUUAAGCAUGUGAUUG